AUGAAGGGCAAGAAUGCUAUGAUUACCGCCAACGGUGCGCAGUCUGUCGCCUCUCCCUCAAAGAAGCGCAAGCAGGAGUUGGAUACCACAGCGGCCAGCAUCCUCAUUCCCAAGAAAUUGAAGGUCGCCGCUCCAACUGGCGGCAGUUCCGAGGACGACAUCACCACAGCCUUCGCGGCGCCGCCCACGCAGUUCGCGUCCACUGCCAACAUCUCUCAGCCAUUACAAGGCCAGAAGCGCAAGGCUAGUGAGGAGGAAGACAUUGCACCCCAGCCAAAGAAAGGCAAGCUGAGUGGUUCCGCCAUCAAGAUGCCGACCAAGGCCUCGAGCUCUACUCCAGCGGCAUCAAAGCAGCCAAUCGUUAAGAAGUACGUGGGCGGUGAGCUCGUCAGCACCUCUCUCCUAAAAAAGGGCGCCAAGAUAGGCGCUUCCCUGGGGAAGGCCCCAGCCAAGGGCUCGAUUUCUGUCCCCACGCCGCCACAGCCAGUGCCCAGCAAGAAGGGCAAGCCUCAAAAGAAGGCUCCACUCGGCCCAAUACUGGCGGCCGCGAAGCACCUCAUCUCUCCUCCAUCUCGGGUCGUCGAGCAAUCCUGCGACCUCCUCCACAAGAUUCCGCUUGAGAUUCGGGAUCGCAUCUGGGAGCUAGUUGUCGCGAAUGAAGAUAACAUCAAGCUUCUAGGAAAGGAGGCAGAUACUGGUGCCGUUAAGCUGCCGCGUCCAGCACUCUUCCGCGUUUGUCGCCAGACCCGCUUCGAGGUUUGGGACACAUAUCAUAAGACCAACAGCUUCGAAACCGAUAGCACCAAUGUUGCCAACGCAUUCUUGAAGCAGGUCGGCGUCACUCACUAUACCGACGAGAACAAGGACAAGCACUACCCAGGUCUCGUCCUUCUCAAGAACCUGUACAUCACCGACCCAUUCAAGGUCAAGAAGGACCAAGUCGACCUCUAUAUCCAAGAAAAUGGGCCGCGCGGUCGGAGCGCUACUCGCUUGCCCUCAUUCGAAACAGACCAAACAGCCCGCUCUCUGCGCGACGUCCGCCGCUGCAUGAUGGCCAUCAAGUACGCUCUGAGCCGCAAGGGUUUGCGCAAGGACGUCGUCAAGAUGCAAAUGCUUGUGCACGAUCAGAAUGAUGUUCUGAGUUUCGUUCAGACCCACAUUUUUGAAUCGGAUCGGUUCAUUGAGAUCCCAGCUGUCUGGACCUGGGUCACUUUGGAGGAUGUCGAUGCCCAUCAGUAUCGGACUUUGACUGCUGAUCGCCGUGACAUCAAAUUCACUGCUGUUCAGCCGCCCAGCAAUGGCGCAUUGACCACUCAGGCUUAAGUGGGCAUGCUGAGGCGCCGAUGAGGAGAUUGGACCAAUCUGGAAGGACAUGAACUCUGGAGCUUGAUGUGCGAAUUAGAAACAGGAUAUGCUGAAGCGAAGGAUUGCAAGGUCUCAUGUGCUAUCGUCCGCUCAGGCUUGAGUGGGCCUUUCAAGGUGUUGGCGAGGAAACUGGAUCAUUUUGGAGAGCCUUGGAUUUCGGAGUUUGGAAUCGGGAAUCGGAUUGCAAACAGAAUUUUUCGCUGAAGCGUGCGACUGCGGCGUCCUUAUGGAUUUUUAGUUCUCACAUAAUCCGCGCCCUUAUGGGUUGGUUGGCGAUGCUUC